CCGGCUAGAGGUUGCUGCAGCUGCGCUACCUCACCAUCCACGUCACCGCUGCCACCAUGCCCGGAGGUCUGCUUCUUGGGGAUGAGGCCCCCAACUUCAAGGCCAAUAGCACGAUCGGCCGCAUCCAUUUCCACGACUCUCUGGGAGACUCAUGGGGCAUUCUCUUCUCCCACCCUCGGGACUUUACCCCAGUAUGCACCACGGAGCUUGGCAGAGCUGCAAAGCUGGCACCAGAAUUUGCCAAGAGGAGUGUUAAGUUGAUUGCCCUUUCAAUAGACAGUGUUGAAGACCAUCUUGCCUGGAGCAAGGAUAUUAAUGCAUACAAUGGUGAGGCACCCACAGAAAAAUUGCCUUUUCCCACCAUUGAUGCUAAGAAUCGGGACCUUGCUAUCCUCUUGGGCAUGCUGGAUCCAGCAGAGAAAGACGAAAAGGGCAUGCCUGUGACGGCUCGAGUGGUGUUUGUUUUUGGUCCUGACAAGAAACUGAAGCUGUCUAUCCUCUAUCCAGCUACCACUGGAAGGAACUUUGAUGAAAUUCUCAGAGUAGUCAUCUCUCUCCAACUGACAGCAGAAAAGAGGGUUGCCACCCCAGUUGACUGGAAGGAUGGAGACAGUGUGAUGGUCCUUCCAACCAUCCCUGAAGAGAAAGCCAAAAGAAUUUUCCCUAAAGGAGUCUUCACCAAAGAGCUCCCAUCUGGCAAGAAAUACCUCCGCUACACUCCGCAGCCUUAAGUCUUUCCGGGAAGUUGGUGCUAGAGCUGCUCGCUUAGUAUAGUGAGCCAGGAAAUGCCAGCCACCAAUCAUGCAUCAAUCCCAUACAAACAUCCUGGUGUGAUCACAGCCAAGGUCUUU